CGGAAUGACAGGCGCUGCCCGGAGGAAGACCUUAUUCCCGGACCUCUUCCCUCGGCACACCUGCUUGACAGCAGUGUACCUUGUGUACCGACCGCACUUAGUGUAAAACUGGUGGCUGAAUGGACAAGAACCUGCCGUCUGCCCUUUGCCCAGAACAGAGGACAGCGGACUCUGGGGCCCAAGGUGCCUCGUUUUGCUGCCUUUGCAGCAAGGACUCGAGGCCCACUGAGUACGUCGCUCUGAGCGGCUUAACUCUCGGAAAGUUGAGGAAGGCAGUUGUGAGAAGCUUCAGGACAAGGAUGUUUCACUUAAGGACUUGUGCUACUAAGUUGAGGCCGUUGACGGCCUCACAGACUGUUAAGACAUUUUCCCAAAACAGACCAGCAGCCGCUAGGACGUUUGGGCAGAUCCGGUGCUACACUGCCCCUGUGGCUGCAGAGCCCUUCCUGAGUGGGACUAGCUCCAAUUAUGUGGAGGAGAUGUACUAUGCCUGGCUGGAGAACCCCAAGAGUGUUCACAAGUCCUGGGACAUUUUUUUCCGAAACACCAAUGCUGGGGCGCCCCCAGGCACCGCCUACCAGAGCCCGCUUCCCCUGAGCCCGGGCGCCCUGUCUGCUGUGGCCCGAGCACAGCCCCUGGUGGCCGCCCAGCCCAACGUGGACAAACUGGUGGAGGACCACCUGGCAGUGCAGUCUCUCAUCAGGGCCUACCAGGUCAGGGGUCACCACAUUGCAAAACUUGAUCCUCUCGGAAUUAGUUGUGUAAAUUUUGAUGAUGCUCCAGUAACUGUUUCUUCAAACGUGGGGUUCUAUGGCCUGGACGAGUCCGACCUGGACAAGGUCUUCCACCUGCCGACCACCACGUUCAUCGGCGGGCAGGAGUCGGCGCUCCCUCUGCGGGAGAUCAUCCGGCGGCUGGAGAUGGCCUACUGCCAGCACAUCGGGGUGGAGUUCAUGUUCAUCAACGACCUGGAGCAGUGCCAGUGGAUCCGGCAGAAGUUCGAGACGCCUGGGGUCAUGCAGUUCACUAACGAGGAGAAGCGCACCUUGCUGGCCAGGCUCGUGAGGUCCACCAGGUUCGAGGAGUUCUUGCAGCGCAAGUGGUCGUCUGAGAAGCGCUUUGGUCUGGAAGGCUGCGAGGUGCUGAUCCCGGCCCUCAAGACCAUCAUCGACAAGUCGAGUGAGAACGGCGUGGACUACGUGAUCAUGGGGAUGCCGCACAGGGGGCGGCUGAACGUGCUGGCGAACGUCAUCAGGAAGGAGCUGGAGCAGAUUUUCUGUCAGUUUGACUCAAAGCUGGAGGCUGCCGAUGAGGGUUCCGGGGACGUGAAGUACCACCUGGGCAUGUAUCACCGGCGGAUCAACCGUGUGACUGACAGGAACAUCACCCUGUCGCUGGUGGCGAACCCUUCCCACCUCGAGGCCGCCGACCCUGUGGUGAUGGGCAAGACCAAAGCUGAGCAGUUUUACUGUGGAGACACCGAGGGGAAGAAGGUCAUGUCCAUCCUCCUGCACGGGGACGCUGCGUUUGCCGGCCAGGGCAUCGUGUACGAGACCUUCCACCUGAGCGACCUGCCAUCCUACACAACUCAUGGCACAGUCCACGUGGUCGUCAACAACCAGAUCGGCUUUACCACAGACCCUCGAAUGGCCCGUUCUUCACCCUACCCCACCGAUGUGGCCCGUGUCGUGAACGCCCCCAUUUUCCACGUGAACUCUGAUGACCCAGAGGCCGUCAUGUACGUGUGCAAGGUGGCCGCGGAGUGGAGGAGCACCUUCCACAAGGACGUGGUGGUGGACCUGGUGUGUUACCGGCGCAACGGCCACAACGAGAUGGACGAGCCUAUGUUCACGCAGCCACUCAUGUACAAGCAGAUCCGCCGGCAGAAGCCCGUGCUACAGAAGUACGCAGAGCUGCUGGUGUCCCAGGGCGUGGUCAACCAGCCCGAGUAUGAGGAGGAGAUCUCCAAAUAUGACAAGAUCUGUGAGGAGGCCUUCGCCCGGUCCAAGGACGAGAAGAUCCUGCACAUCAAGCACUGGCUGGACUCCCCCUGGCCUGGCUUCUUUACGCUGGACGGACAGCCCAGGAGCAUGACCUGCCCUUCCACGGGCCUGACGGAGGACGUCCUGACCCAUAUUGGGAACGUGGCCAGCUCCGUGCCUGUGGAGAACUUCACCAUUCAUGGAGGGCUGAGCCGGAUUCUGAAAACCCGCGGGGAGCUGGUGAAGAACAGGACCGUGGACUGGGCCCUGGCAGAGUACAUGGCCUUCGGCUCCCUGCUGAAGGAGGGCAUCCACAUCCGGCUGAGUGGCCAGGACGUGGAGCGGGGCACCUUCAGCCACCGCCACCACGUGCUGCACGACCAGAACGUGGACAAGAAGACCUGCAUCCCCAUGAACCACCUGUGGCCCAACCAGGCCCCCUACACUGUGUGCAACAGCUCCCUGUCUGAGUACGGGGUCCUGGGCUUCGAGCUGGGCUUUGCCAUGGCCAGCCCCAACGCCCUGGUGCUCUGGGAGGCGCAGUUUGGCGACUUCCACAACACAGCCCAGUGCAUCAUCGACCAGUUCAUCUGCCCAGGGCAGGCCAAGUGGGUGCGGCAGAACGGCAUCGUGCUCCUGCUGCCUCACGGCAUGGAGGGCAUGGGCCCAGAACAUUCCUCUGCCAGGCCCGAGAGGUUCCUGCAGAUGUGCAACGAUGACCCCGACGUCCUGCCGGACCUCCAAGAAGCCAACUUCGACAUAUGUCAGCUGUACGACUGCAACUGGGUGGUUGUCAACUGCUCCACGCCCGGCAAUUUCUUCCACGUGCUGCGCCGUCAGAUCCUCCUGCCCUUCCGCAAGCCAUUGAUCAUCUUCACACCCAAGUCCCUGCUGCGGCACCCUGAGGCCAGGACCAGCUUCGACGAGAUGCUGCCAGGAACGCACUUCCAGCGGGUGAUCCCAGAAGAUGGCCCUGCAGCCCAGAGCCCAGAAAACGUCAAGAGACUUCUGUUCUGUACUGGCAAGGUGUACUACGACCUCACUCGAGAGCGCAAAGCACGGGGCAUGGUGGAGCAGGUGGCCAUCACCAGGAUCGAGCAGCUGUCGCCGUUCCCCUUCGACCUGCUGCUGCAGGAGGUGCAGAAGUACCCCAACGCUGAGCUGGCCUGGUGCCAGGAGGAGCACAAGAACCAGGGCUACUACGACUACGUGAAGCCCCGGCUGCGCACCACCAUCAGCCGUGCCAAGCCCGUGUGGUAUGCUGGCCGGGACCCCGCGGCCGCUCCCGCCACUGGCAACAAGAAGACCCACCUCACGGAGCUGCAGCGCCUGCUGGACACGGCCUUUGACCUGGACGCCUUCAAGAACUUCUCAUAGAUGCUGCUGGACCACUGGCCUCCACGUCCACCACUGCCCUCGCUUCUCAACUAAAGAAUACCUAGUGCCUCGUGCUGCCCACGCCUCUGCCCGCGCACUACCCACACGCCUCUCGCCCACUGGCCGCCAGGCUGCUGCCCCUCACGAGGCCCACACUCCCCGGGCCCCCAACUCCGGCCCGCCGUGCAGCUUUGUGGAGGCCGCGGGAUCUGGGGGAGAGGGAGCCCCGCAGGUGUCCUGGGAGGGUUGGCCAGCCCCACCCCAGCUUCCCCCCAGGACAGCUGUGUGGGGCGCACCCCCAGCCAGGGGCCUGCACGAGGUGGGUUUCUCCUCCUGGGUGGGGCCCCGGCAGCUGGUGGGGCAGCCUGACUUGGCACAGAGAGGGCAGGCCCACUCUCCACCGUGUCCGCUUGGCCUCCCAGAGGGUCCCAGGCGUGCAGGGCCGGAGAGUGGGCGGUCAGAAAGCCCCACUGCUCUGGGUCCUGCUCACGGGCACCUCCGCUCGGCCCAGCACAGCCCAGACUCCUGUGUCCCUUUCACACAGUGGAGCCCCUGGAGUGUUCUCUCAGCCCAGCCAACGCCGGUCGGGGUGGGGGUGGGGCAGGGUGAGGGCCUCCCCUCACCUGUCACAGGAACAGAUCUGAUCUAUUUAUUUUGGUUAAAAAAAAAAGCAAAACAACAUUGCGUUGCAUUUGGCUUGACUCAUAAACUAAGUUACCUUGG